UGAUGGAACACUGGUUCCUCAAACUUCAAUCAACAAGGAACCUAGUCCAGAGGUUUUGAACAUCAUCAAUACCCUUUGCUCAGAUAGUAGAAACAUCGUUUUUCUUGUCAGUGGUAGAGACAAAGAUAUGUUAGGAAAGUGGUUCUCCUCAUGUCCAAAAUUGGGGAUUGCAGCUGAACAUGGUUACUUCUUGAGGUGGUCUAGCGAAGAAGAGUGGCAAACAUGCACUCAGGCCAUGGACUUUGGAUGGAUGCAAAUGGCAAAGCCAGUGAUGAAUUUGUAUACAGAAGCAACUGAUGGAUCCUACAUUGAGACAAAAGAAAGUGCCUUGGUGUGGCACCAUCAGGAUGCUGACCCAGGCUUUGGAUCCUCACAGGCAAAGGAGCUGCUUGAUCACCUGGAAAGUGUACUAGCAAAUGAACCAGUCUCUGUCAAGAGUGGCCAGUUCAUCGUUGAAGUCAAACCACAGGGAGUAAGCAAGGGAAUAGUUGCCGAGAGGAUACUUGCAUCAGUGAAGGAGAGGGGAAAGCAGGCUGAUUUCGUAUUGUGCAUCGGCGAUGAUAGGUCCGAUGAGGACAUGUUUGAAAAUAUUGCCGAUAUCAUUAAGAGGAAUAUGGUUGCUCCAAGAACAUCAUUGUUUGCAUGCACUGUGGGACAAAAACCAAGCAAAGCCAAAUUCUACCUGGACGAUACAUUUGAAGUGGUCGCUAUGCUGAGCGCACUUGCAGAUGCCACUGGAGCUGAACUGGAAUCUGAUUCGGCUGAUGAAUUGGCCGCAUCUAUCUCAUCACUUGAUAUUGGUGACGAACAAUCAGAAACCAGUGAUACACCAAUUGGAGGGUCUUAGUCAGUUUUCUCUUGAAUUUCAGAAUAUAAUGAUUAUUUCAAUAGUCAAUUCUACAGAGGGGAAGCUUCUCAAUCUGCUGCACUCCAAGUUUCUCCAGUUGGGCAAGAUAGUAGUCUGUUGCUGCAAGGCGUAGAUCCAUAUGUUCAUAGCUGACUCGCCGACUUGGCAUAUUCUUUGACUUUCUCAUUUCUGGUUGAAGUAAAAUGAAAGCCUCACAGAAGGAAAGGGAACUGUGUGGCUGAAGUAAUUGGGGGGAAGUUAUAGGAGUGGCAAUUUCUAAAGGAGCCCGUGCGCAGCUUCUGAUAUGAUCCCUUAUUAACAUGACAUUACAAAGUGGUGUCACUUUUUGAACUAUCGGUAGUAGGUAGUAGCAAUCUCAAGGGUGAGGUUUAAAUUGAUUAGUUGCUUCAAAACCAGAUUUUGGCUCCUC